AUGCCGACGGAUUCCCAAUCGUUAUAUGGCAUCCGCCGCCCCAAAUCCACCGCCUCGCAAAAGGACCUCACGUCCUCCUCCACUCUAGCCUUCACCACUCAUCUCUCUGCCCUUAUAUCUAAAGAAUCAAAUCCGUCCGCAUCUCCCUCUACGAAGCCACUAACCAAAGGUCGGCCCCGACCGUCCCGAUCAAAACCGGAUAUCUUCACCGUCCACAACAAAAAUACACACAAGCGCGCCGCCGCAGAUAUAUCAGGGGACUCGCCACAUGUCAUUCAUCAAGUCCACAAACGAGGAGCAGACAUUGGUUAUGUUGAUGAGGCGAUGCUCCACCGUUCCAAACGAAGAUUAGCCGAAAAGGCAAAACUAUACGAGGAUUUGAAGAAAGGCGAGCAUCUGGUGGAUAGCAGCGAUGAGGAAGAUCAAAGCGUCUUGAGAAACCCUGCAGCAUCUGCAGCGAGGCGGGCUGAGAGUAACAGCUUAGUCGAUUUUGAUCGCAAGUGGGCGGAGGAAGAAGCCAGAAGGACGCGGAGGGCACGAAGCCCAGCUUCCCUGUCCGGUUCAGGUACGGAUGCCGAUGAUGACGACCGUGAGAAGGAACGUGUUUUACUCGUUGACUACAUUGAUGAAUUUGGUCGCUCGCGUCGGGGUACCCGUGCAGAAGCGGCGGAGGCAGCGCUACAACGACGCAGCGCACCACCACCGCGGACUGCAGCUUUUGAGGACGGAAAUGACCCAGACAACGACAGUAAAAACCCCACCAACUACAACAUCCUCCCCUCAGCAAAACCGAAGCGUCCUUCAAACCUCAUUUAUGGCUCCACAGUCCAAUCCGCGGCUUUCAACCCAGAUGCAAAUAUUUCCGCGCGCAUGGAACAUAUUGCAAAGGCGCGGGAUCGCACCCCUACCCCUCCGCCAGAAGCUCAUUAUGAUGCCGAAGCGGAAGUCCGCACCAGGGGCACAGGGUUCUACGCAUUUUCAAAAGAUGAGGUGGCCCGCAAAGAGGAGAUGGAUGAAUUGUUGAAGGCCAGGAAUGAAACUCUCGGUGAGAGAGAUGCGACUGCAAAGAAGAAGAGUGCUAGGGAAAAAGCGAAGGAGGAGAGGCGAAGGAAGAUCGAAGAACUCAGGGCGAAGAGGAGGGCAGACGAGUUUUUGAACGGGCUGGGCGAUAUAGGAGGCAUGGGUUGUGAUCCUGGAAAGGAGGAAGGUUAA